UAAUACCAAAACCUGAAAAGAGAGGAAGAUACUAAGCACACUGCACACAUACACGAGAGAGAGAGAGAGAGAGUAGGAGAUGGCGAUGGCAAUGGCGCUUCGCAGGCUAUCCUCGUCCGUGAGGAAGCCGAUUCUUCCUCUCUCUAAUGGUGGCUCUCUAUAUUACAUGUCUUCUUUGCCGAAUGAAGCCGUUUACGAUAAGGAGAAAUCUGGUGUUACGUGGCCAAAGCAGUUGAAUGCUCCGCUCGAGGAGGUCGAUCCGGACAUUGCAAAUAUCAUCGAGCUCGAGAAAGCAAGACAAUGGAAGGGACUGGAACUCAUACCUUCGGAGAACUUCACGUCUGUAUCUGUGAUGCAAGCUGUUGGGUCUAUCAUGACUAAUAAAUACAGUGAAGGAUAUCCCGGUGCUAGAUAUUAUGGAGGAAACGAGUACAUUGACAUGGCAGAAUCCUUAUGCCAGAAGCGUGCCUUGGAAGCAUUUGGGUUGGAUCCUGCGAAAUGGGGAGUUAAUGUGCAAUCACUAUCUGGGUCCCCUGCUAAUUUCCAAGUAUACACUGCAUUGUUGAAACCUCAUGAAAGAAUCAUGGCACUUGAUCUUCCACAUGGUGGACAUCUUUCGCAUGGCUAUCAGACCGACACCAAGAAGAUAUCUGCUGUCUCUAUAUUCUUUGAGACAAUGCCUUAUAGAUUGAAUGAAAGUACUGGAUACAUUGACUAUGACCAGUUGGAGAAAAGUGCCACACUCUUCAGACCAAAACUAAUAGUUGCUGGUGCAAGUGCUUAUGCACGCCUCUAUGAUUAUGCUCGCAUUCGCAAGGUCUGUGACAAGCAGAAAGCUAUCCUGCUGGCAGAUAUGGCACAUAUUAGUGGGUUGGUUGCAGCCAGUGUGAUUCCAUCUCCUUUUGAGUAUGCAGAUAUAGUGACCACUACAACACACAAGUCACUUCGUGGACCACGUGGAGCCAUGAUCUUCUUUAGAAAGGGGGUGAAAGAGGUCAACAAGCAAGGCCAAGAGGUCUUUUAUGACUAUGAAGACAAAAUCAACCAGGCUGUCUUUCCAGGGCUUCAAGGUGGUCCACAUAAUCAUACAAUUGCUGGAUUAGCUGUUGCAUUGAAACAGGCCAUGACUCCAGAGUACAAAGCCUAUCAAGAACAAGUUCUCAGUAAUUGCUCAAAAUUCGCCCAGAGCUUAGUAGAGAAGGGCUAUGAGCUUGUCUCUGGUGGAACUGAAAACCAUUUAGUCUUGGUGAACCUUAAGAACAAGGGUAUUGAUGGCUCUAGAGUUGAAAAGGUAUUGGAAUUGGUCCAUAUUGCAGCCAACAAGAACACUGUUCCUGGGGAUGUGUCUGCCAUGGUUCCUGGUGGCAUCAGAAUGGGAACCCCAGCCCUUACGUCAAGAGGAUUUGUUGAAGAGGAUUUUGUAAAAGUAGCUGAUUUUUUUGACACUGCUGUGAAAUUGGCCGUGAAGAUAAAAGCUGAAACCAAAGGGACAAAGUUGAAGGACUUUCUGGCUACAAUCCAAACAAGCGCUAAUGUCCAAUCUGAGAUUUCAAAACUUCGCCAUGAAGUUGAGGAGUAUGCUAAGCAAUUUCCUACAAUUGGGUUUGACAAGGAGACAAUGAAGUACAAGGACUAGGGAAAAUAUCCUUUCCUGCAAGUGGUUACAGGCGGUGGGAAUUAUUGCUUCAAAAUCAUAAUGAAUGGAGAUGAUUAGAGAGAAGACUUUCUGUUGUGAAUGAUGAAAAAUUUGCAGAGAACGAAGCUAUAAAAUCAAGCAGAACUUUUGCUCUAUAUCAGUUUAAUUCAUGCCCGUACUCUGUACAUAUAUUUACUGAUGCUCUGCAAUAUAAACCCUCCUUGGUUUCAGAAGAGAUC